ACAUUUUCAGAAAAUGAGCUUGGAUUUUUUUUUAAGAAAUUUUGUAAAUAUUUAAAUAAAAAUAAAUAAAUUAAUUAAAUAGAACAGAAAAUGUCAGAACUUAAUGCGGACGAUAGUGUUUGUAUUAUAGAAGAUAAAAAUGUAACGUGUAUAACGCUGGACGAUUCCCAAGAUGUUGAAUAUAUAGACGAUUGUGAGGAGGAAAUAGCUCCGGCACCACCUGCUUUGGACUCUGAAAUGGAAGAUGGUGAAGUGUGUGAAGAUGAAAGUAUGCAAAAGGAAACUAUAUGUGAGAUAAAGUUUUCAACAAAAAAUCAAUAUGAAAAAUUUGGUCCGCUUUUAAUCAACAUUCUAAAAGAUAGAUUAUGCGAUCAUAAAUCAGUAGAGACUAUUGAAAUAGACGAGCAAGAAACCCAAGACUGUGUCACGUUGGUUGUACAGAAAGUAGGUGGACAUGAAAUUAAAGACAUACCAAUACCUCCCACUGUGAAUGCACCCGUUAUCGCUGAGGAGAAAAAGGAAGUAUUUGAAAAGGAAACCUCGCCUGAUUUAAGUGGCAUAAGUGAAUUAUUUACUAUUGAUACGGCUCCGGCACCUAAAAUUGACGGUGUUAAAGUCCCCUCUUAUAAGCGAGCAAUUAAAGAUGUCCUAUUGGAUGGGGAGGCAGCAGCGCGUAAGAAACAAAAAGAAGAGGAAGAUGUAUUCAAACCAAAAAAAUCAAAUACUUGUUUUAACUGUGGUGAAGCUGACCAUUCCAUUAGGGACUGCACUAAGCCACACAAUGCUAAUCGCAUUAAGAAUGCGAGGAGGGCAUGCUAUAAAACGGAACGUUAUCAUGUUGAUAUUGAUCAAAGGUUUGCCCAUAUAAAGCCUGGCAGUAUAAGCGACAAACUGAAGGAAGCUAUGGGUUUAAGAAAAGGUGAGCUGCCAUUUUUCUUCUAUCGCAUGCGUGUAUUGGGUUAUCCACCCGGUUGGCUAGAAGAUGCUAAAGUGGAACAUUCCGGUAUAAAUCUAUUUAACUCUGAUGGAACGAAAAUUUUACAAUCUGACGAAGAUGAAGGAGAAGUGGAUACUAUAAAUCAUAAAUAUAACAUAUCUAAAAUUUAUGAUUUUCCUGGUUUUAAUCAAGAUCCGGGUGAAAACUUUUACGAUGAUUACAAAUACCACAAUGUUCCGCCAUUGAACAAAAAUCAAAUGAAAGAAGAAUUUAUUAAGACUCUGGGGGACAAUGUCCUAAAAGCUUAUAAACGUAAAAAACUUAAGGAUUUUCCAAAUGCUAAUUCAGACGAAUGCAAUGUUGAGACCUCUACAAUGGAAGCUACUGAUAUGGAAAUUGAAGAUCCAGAAACAACAACGUUAGGUGAAGUGCAAUUUACUAGACCACCUCCUCCAGACGAUCAGCCACCCUCUCUGCCGCCGCCACCUCCAGCUACGCCUCCACCAACUUCCGAAUCUCCCCCAACUGUAAGUGAAUGUAAAGAUCGCGAAUUAUCAACUCAAUCGCCGUCGUUAUUGCAAUUGGAAAAACGAAAACAACGACUCUUACAAGAGUUGCAAUCUAACACUAGUGUCAUAGAAAUUGAUGAUUCCCUAAUAGAUGACAUAAUCGAGUUAGAUGAAGAAGGUGAACAAAAUUUAAAAAUCAAUAAAAGCUCUGACAAUUCUUCUGAAUCAACAGCGGUAACGGAAAAUGAAAUUGCUGUUGCCAAACCCACAGUCAUUAAAGAGUCAUUUAUGGGUACACCCGUACUAAAAUUCUCUCCGUAUGAUAACUUACCAAAUGGCGACAACUUUAAAGUUGGCGUUAGUGAUGUUAUUAAUUUUGAAAAUUUACCAGAUUCUACCGGCACAUAUGAACACAUGAAAGAAGUUAUAAAAAAAGUACGCAAUUGUAUACACAAAUUACAUAGCGAGGAAUGAUUAAAAAUGGCAUUUAAAAAUCAGAAAUAACAAAGCAUCUAAAUAAUGUAAUAUAAAAAUUAUCCUGGUUAUGAAUUUGUAUAUACACAUAUAUGAAGAAUAUAUUUUAAAAAAUAGACAUAGAAUUACGAUAUACAUAACAAUUAAUCAUAUUUCAUUAUACAUAAUUAAUAAAAAUUAUAUUUUUAAAUUCUUUAUAGUAUGUAAAACUAUUUUUAUAUGUUUAUUCAAAUUAACAUAUGAAAUUCAGUUUUGUAACUAUUAGUUGAAAAUAAUAAUAUAAAUUAGUUUGUAA